AUGUAUGACAUAUCAGAAACUCCAGAACUGCGGUCAGAUCUUGCUGAAACAAGUAGGUCAGAACUUCUUAUUACGACCGAGGAAAAAACGAUGCACACCUAUGAAAAAGAACAAGAGUCACCUACUAGCGAUGAAUUUGAAAUGGUAGAUAAACCAAGCGAAAUGGAUGACUUUGUAGUAAUUGAAGAAGUAGCCAAAGAGGCACAAGAAACAGAUCCUGAAGGAAAAAAAAGUACCAGCAGCGCAUCGGGUUCUUUGUCCGAUGAUGAACUGCUGCAAUAUGAACUUGAACAAAAGAAACUGGCUGCUCAAGAAUUAGCAGAAAUCGAAGCAGGUAGAAGAUGGAUACAAAUGCAGUUUGAAGGUGAUCCCCGGUAUGACUACGAAAGAGUACCAUUAGAAGACAUUAAGGAAGAAGAAAUGACUGAUUUUGAUGCAAGCAGGAUUGGUAGUUUAACGUCUCAAAAAGAAUCGAUUGGCAGCUACGGUAGUUUUAGGAACUCUUAUGGAAGCCUUUCUGAGUCCGAAAUGGCAUCAAGGAUUAGAUUUAGAGUGAAAGGUGAUAAUGACGAUAUCUCCAUCAGCUCAUUACAAGAGUUCGAAAAUCUUGAAAGGGCUUUAAUGGAACAGUACCAACAACACUCUUCAUCGUCACAGGAUUCACUUAACGGGUCUUUACCAAGGCGUUACAUAUUAAGUAAGAGUCAAGGUGACGACAUAUCGGUGUCUAGCUUGAAGGAAUUCGAAGGGCUAGAAUCUGCUUGUCUGGAAGCUUUAAAAGCUGAAAUUCUAGCCAAGCAAAAAGAAGCUCUGCUUAUGGCAGAUCCGAAAGAAGUAAGUGGUUAUUUCUUGGAAAAAGAAAAAGGUCUACAGUGCAGCAGUUCAGAAAGCAGUCCUCCUCAGAAAGGAGGCAGUCCCAGUCAAAAAGGAGGUAGUCCUUCCCAGAAAGUAGGCAGCUACGGCAGUCCAUCACAAAAGAUUUUAACAGAAUCCGCAAGUAUUAGAAAGUUGAUUGAUCAACAAAUGGCAAUUGAACAGAAGCUUCAGCAACAAGUAACACCCAAAGUUAUCACUGUAAAGAAGUUUGAUGAUAGAGGUGCAUUCUUUGUGCCUGAACCUGAGCCUGGAACUUCAGAAUCAGAACCUGAACCACAAGCUGAAGUAACAGAGGAAUGCAAAAAGUCCUCGUCAUUUGUGUGCGCAGCCGCUCCUAGUGACGGAUCAGCUGAAUCAAUACCAGGAGACUGCGAAGAAAUGAUGAAAAUUUUAGAUCAAGAAGAAAAAUCAAAGCAAAGUCAAAGUCAAGCAGUAACUAGAACAUUUACUGAUGGAGGCGUAAUAGAAGUUGUAAGAACGACUACAGUUAUCCAACAACGGUUUGUCGAUGGAAAGAAAGUUUCUGAAACUGUGAGCAGUACUGACGGAGAUGGGGCAGUUGAUAUACCCUCAAGACCGAGACAAUUAGAGGAAAGUGCUAUGUCUUACGGUUCCGAAAUGUCCUCAUCUAUAACAUCACAGCCUUCAGAGAUGGAUAGUUUGAUGACUGUGCUAGAUAGGCAUGUGGAGGGGGAAGUGGUGACGGUGACGCGGCAGACAAUAACAAUGACUGAUAAACCUGAGGAGUUGGAACUAUCUCGGGAAGGGAGCAUGGUCCGUGAGCUGUCGCCCUCCUCGGGGAGAUCGAUAGCUCAUAGUGUAAUCUCGUUUUCCGGUAAACAAUUUACAGAUCCCGCGAGUGGCUCUUGGAGUGGCCAGGACGAGGAUAUGAGCUCGUCUGGAAGCUUUAGUCGGGCUCGCGCGGACUUAAUGCUAGGCAGCACGGAUAGCUUGGAAGCUACCAGUUCUAACGCUACCCGAGCGACCUACAACUAUGAGGUCGACACCCCUAUGACGGGAAGCCUCACUUCUGGAGGAUCGAACACCAUGGUCUCAUCAUUGGACACACUGGACCCUAUCACCGCAGUGCAAAUGGAAAGUUUAGAACAUCAGUCCACUAGUGAACAUUAUUCCCAUGAUUACGAAGUACAAGAACCGGAUUCUGAUACUGAACGAUUGGAACUGGAUAGCCGAACACCUCGAGCAAAAGAACGCACUAUAAUGUUUGACAGCACUGAUACCUUGAGUGCUGUCAGUGGUGAUGGAUCUGUGAAGGAAGCUGCCGUGGAGACACCAGCACCAACCUUCUACAUUGGGGACACUCCCAUUACAAGAGGAGAACGACGUGAAGACGACGAUGGUCAACCAGCAUUGUCUGGAAGUGCGCCCGCGUCACUCCCACCUGCCACACAACCCUCGCCGCCUAUACCUGCUCAAAGAAGGUCAUUAUCGAUGCUUGCGAAAUCGCCUCCAUCCAGCCUCGACGAAACCAAGAAGUAAAACAAUUUCUAACUAGGCUAGCACAACAAAAUGUGCUUAGAAUCACGCAUGACUCACAAUUUCUUUAAAGUUCCUAGCAUUUUGUAAAUUCUUAUACCUAAUUCUUGCUUAGGCAAUGAUGCACAGGCUAAUAAUUUGAUUAACAAAAAUAUACUUAUUAAUGAAACUGAUUUGACAGAUAAUAAACUUGACGGUAAUGAACAUCUAGACAAUCAAUUGACACAUGUCAUAAAAUUAUAAGACAAGACAUAUAAUCAUCAUAUGAUAGUGAUAGAACUAUAAAUGAUGCUAUAAUUAAUAUAAUGAACAAAAACUAUGAUUGUAAUUUUUGAUUCCGGCUAUGACUAUAGAAAGUAAAUCCAUUGUUUUAAGACCAGCGAGCUUUAUGCUCUCAAUACCCUAAAUGAAAGAAAAAUUGUUUCAGUACAGACAC